GCCCGGGCCUCGUGCGUAGCUACACACUCUGCGCCCGGACAUUUGUCCGACGGGAGUGCCUCCCCGUUCGCUGCCCGAUCUUUUCCAUAUGGGCUACUGGUCGACACGCGCCGAUCGGCCGAGCAUCGGCGGGGGGCCCCUUCACGGCCUCUCUCCCCUGCCCCGGUGUAGUCGUCGCAUGGCUCGCUUUUCCACUCGACGGAUAGUCACCCUGAUGGGGCUUCUCGCCCUCGGGACCCUUGGCUACUUAACCCUCCUGGGUGGCCGACCAGCCGGCCAACCAGCCCAGCGGUCGCCAGCCACCGGCUCCAGCCGACCCGAGGGCGGAUCCCUCAUCCGGCAGGUGCUGCAACGCCAGCCCCACCGCGCUGGGGCAACUGCGCAGUCGACCGGCACGGACCCUGGCCAGGGCAUGGCCCUCGAUAUGCAGGCCCUUCGAAGCCGCUGGCUCUUCCGACACUUUGAUGAGCACUCGCCAGUCUGGCAGCUGGCCGUCGGCGAGGACAGGACCGAGCCCCUGCGGCCAGCGAUCCCCGGGCUGGAGGACGCCUUCCUUGGGUGCUUCGCCGACCGGGUCAAUGGCCGGAUCGGGCGCGCCCUGCCGACCCUGGUGGACCCGGCCGGCACCGGGCACUUGAAGCCACCGGUGGAUCCGGUCCAGUGCUUGGGCUACUGCCGGGACCAGGGCUUCGCCUGGGCCGGCUUGCAAAAUGGCACCGAGUGCUGGUGCGGGUCGCCAGCCGACGAGGAUGCCGGCGCGCGACACCCCCGCUACCGGCAUUACUCGGCCCAUGAGCCCGGGCUAUGCUCGGUGGAGUGCCCCUUCCUUCCGGGGGUUGCCUGUGGCGGGCCCCUGGCCAACAGUGUCUAUGCCGUGGGCCCGGCCGCGGCCCCGGAACCGGUCUCCUCGCAGGCCAUGCUCCAAGGGAAUGCCGCCUUCGGGGCGGUCCUGCCGCAGGUUCGAGUCGAUGCCGGGAGCGAUGUCGAGCGCUUCCUGCCAUCGGACAUUGACUGCAUGCGCGAGCGCGAUGGGACCCGGCUCUGCCUCAUUCGGAACCUCUACUUCAAUGUCGACCAGGGGACCUUUGUGCUGCUGCUGUCCCAGGGUCGGUCCGUUGUGCGGGGCCUGGAUGACACGACCCGCGGCGAGUUCCAAUCGAUUGUUCAGUUCAGCACCGUGUCGAAUGCCUACAAGGUGGACCUGAAGAUCAUGGACCAUGGCAACAUUCGCAAGUAUCCGAAGUACACGCAGCUGGAGAACCGGAUCAUUCGCGGCCGGAGCUACUUGCUGGCGCGCUUCUUGCCAUACAACUUGAUGCACACCAUUCAUGAUGACCUGCUCGGGCUCCUGCACACCAUGGACGCCUGGCAGCCCCGCCAUGGACGCACGCCGGCCGAACAGGCGGGCCUCUCGCACACCGUCGACCGGGACCUGCGCCGGGUGCAGGAAGCCCCAGGGCCCGGCCGAGGCCUGCAUCCAGAUGUGGCGGAUGAACUCCAUCGGAGCCUCCCGUUUGACCACAACAUCAUCCUCUUCGAUGACCAUGCCGCAGGGGACUACCUUCCCUUGCUGCAGCUGUUUUCCGAUCGCAAGGUCAUGAGCUUCGUCGACUUCCCCCGGGGGUCGCUCAUCCGCUUUGAAGAGGCAUCCAUGGGCCUAUCCCGCAAGGGAACUUGGUAUCACUAUGGCUUCAACUCGCCCCAGGGUCCGCUGCCGCACAAGAACGUCGCCGGCCCGCAGGUGACCUCCCUGAUGAAACUCCUGAACCUGCGCCUCGGCCUGGCUGGCCGGCGCUUCCCGGGGCACCACCUGCCAUCCGGCCCGGCGUCCAGCCUGGACAUGGGGGCCCCCUCGGCGGCCUUCUGUCCGGAAGUCGCGGGCAGCUCGGUCCCGAGCACCGGCGUCGGGGAGAUUCUCAUCCUGGGCCGGUCGCGCGAUCGGCGCAUCCUGAACGAGAUCCAGCUGACCGAGGAACUUGCCCGCGAGACGGGCCUCUGCGUGGCGGUCCUCCGCCUGGAGAAUGUGCCCUUCUUCAAUGUGUCCUCGUUGAAGAGCUUCAUGACUCGCCUGGCCGGAGCACGCAUCAUAGUAGCCAUGCAUGGGGCGGCCCUGGCCCUGGCAGCCCUGGCCCAGGCCCCCUCGGCCGCUUCCCACGAGCAGGAGCACCAGCCCGGCGGCUGGCUGGUAGAGGCCACCCUGCGGGACCAUUUGCUCCUGGAGGCGGCCAGCAUGGCAGCCAGCCCGGUUCAGCACCCUCGCGGGCCGCGGCUGCCCACCACCCCCGGCGGCGUCAUUGAGCUCUUUCCCUUUGGGGUGCAGCCGGAAAAUUACACCCCCUACAUGCAUGAGUGCCGCAUUGCCGGGUGCAUCUAUCGCGCAUGGGCGAAUUCCGAUCGACGGGCUUCCGUUCCCCACCCCAAGCGUGCGCCAUUGAAGGGCGGCAUCGUGCACUUGCCGCCGGCCGAGCAGCGCAACAUCGAGCAGGCCACCGCGGUCCCGCCGCACAUCUGCUGCUCCGACCCGACUUGGCUGUACAAGAUCUACCAGGACACCAUUGUCGACCAGACCCGGGUGGCCGCCAUUGCCCGGGAAAUUCUCCAGCUCCAGCUCCAGCCCCAAGAGACCGAGGGGCCGGCCGACGCCCCCGAUCGUACAUAA